AUGGUUUUUGGUUUUGUUUUGAAGGCUGUACAAGUGCGUCAAGAGCUGAAUAAGUGGGCUUCCGAUCACACCAAUGGUCUCAUCAUAGACCUUCUUCCUCGUGGAUCCGUUAAAAGCGAAACCGUUCAGGUUUAUGGAAACGCAUUGUACUUCAAAGGAGCAUGGGAAAACAAAUUUGACAAGUCUUCAACCAAAGACAACGAGUUUCACCAAGGCAAAGAAGUACAUGUGCCUUUCAUGAGAAGCUAUGAAAGUCAAUAUAUAAUGGCUUGCGAUGGUUUCAAGGUCCUUGGACUACCAUACCAACAAGGCCUUGAUGAUACCAAACGAAAAUUCUCAAUCUAUUUCUAUCUUCCCGACUAG